UUGCUCCGGGCCAGCCGGCUCGCGCUGAGCCCACCCGCCUCUUCCGUGGCCUGCCAUUGGCCCGGGGCGUUCUCCACGUCUCUACCGGGCACGAGGAGCCUCGCAGCCGGGGCGCCUCGAUCCUAACAGCCGGCAAGGCCGCAGCAGCCCGGCCGCUCGCCCGCCCAUCUGGGCCGCACCCAACAGUCGUGGUAGGGGCCAGGUCGCCGCAGCGCGAGGGCGUGGGAUGCGGAGGGGCUGAGAGCCGUGGUCGCCAAGGUUCGGACGAGCUGGAAAAUGUCUUCGGGGCAUGCGCCACAGCGGCCGUUAAGUGACCCAAAACCGACGCCGUGGAGUCGGCAGCCCGGAGGCAUGGGGCCCGAGCGUGGCCGGGCUCCGCACGCCCAGCGGGGACCCUGAGGGCGGAGAGCGCAGGCGCGCGGCGCCAGGGCGGAAAGGUGCGGCCAGCCAGGCGUCUCGUGUGAAAAGGGAGCAUUUGGCAUUUACAGCUGAGUUGCUGUAAAUACAGAGCCCGGAGGAUAAAUCUGCAUUAUCACUAUUAUUAUUUUUGUCGCAACGGAAGUUGGAAACAAAAUGGAAGUGGCAGAAAAGAACAUACCGGUUGCAGACCUGGGAUGUGGUGAUACCAAGCUCCUAAAGCUGCUAAAAAUCUAUCCAUGCAUUCAGCUGCUUGUUGGGGUAGAUAUCAAUGAAGAAAAAUUACAUUCAAAUGGGCAUUACUUGUCUCCCUACCUGGGAGAGUUUGUAAAACCCCGAGAUCUAGAUUUGACUGUCAUCUUGUAUCAUGGCUCUGUUGUGGAGAGAGACUCUCGCCUGCUUGGAUUCGAUUUGAUAACAUGCAUUGAAUUAAUAGAGCAUUUGAAUUCAGAUGACCUGGCCAAAUUUCCCGAAGUGGUCUUUGGAUACCUGUCGCCAUCCAUGGUUGUCAUCACCACACCAAAUGCUGAAUUCAACCCCCUGUUUCCCACAGUGUCCCUGAGGGAUGCAGAUCAUAAAUUCGAGUGGAGCAGAAAGGAGUUCCAGACCUGGGCUUCACGGGUGGCAAACUGCUACAAUUAUUGUGUGGAGUUUACUGGGGUCGGGACACCCCCAGCUGGGUCUGAGCAUGUCGGAUAUUGCACCCAGAUAGGUGUCUUUAGGAAGAACAGCGGGAAGCUAGCUGAAUCCCAUGCUUCACAGCAGCAUGACCGGCGUGUGUACAAAGUUGUUUAUACAACCACCUACCCGAGUUUACAGCAGGAAAAGGUGCUCAAGUUUGUGCUGGUCGGGGAGCUCCUGAUACAAGUGGAACGCUUGAGACUGAGGUACCAGCGGAUGCUGAGGGAACAGGAGAAGGAACUGGGCCCUAAGCCGGGGCACACGGACUGCUCCCCAGCCCCUCACCUACUCUUGGGAGCAGUAUUCACAGAGGCUGAAAAGGCCAGGAUAGAAAAUACUCCCCAGCCCUUCUGUGAAGGAGAGAAGUUUUUCAUACCCCUGAGGAGACUGCUCGCUUAUCCCAAGCUGCAGCACUUGUGUACUGACGAAGAGAGGAUGCGGUCCCUCAUUGCUGACUCGGUGUCCCUAAGCAGCGACGGUUCUGCAGUCGUGGUUGACCUGCACAAUUCUUGGGAUUAUCGGCCUGAAGAUAAUUGAGCCAACUGGAUUUUCCAAAGCUCAGAGUCUCGCUGAGAGUUGAGUUGUCUUGGAAUUCAAACUUUUUUUUUGUUUUUGUGGUGCUGGGAAUUGAACCCUGGGCCAUUUGCAUGGUAAGCAAGCACUUUGACACUCAGCUACGUCCUCAGCCCUGGGAUUUAAACUUUGCAGUCAUAAUUCAAGUACUACUUUGAAAGUUUUAAUACAAAUCGGGUCCUGAACUGGUUGACAGACGUGCCUGGCGUAGACUGCUCUUCGCUGAGAAAGGGUUCAACUGGAAGGAGCUGCUUUCUUUAAACAUUGGGUUUUUAUUUUCCAUUUGGUGUUUACAAGAACAUUGGGUGUGGCCAUGUGUUAGUUUUAUCCUCUCCCAGUUUUGGUGUUAGAGCCAUAUGUUGAAUGUGACAUUAAAACAUUUAAAUGCAAUCAAAGCCACUUGAGAACCUUAGAGGCCCUUACCUAUAAUCCUAGCACCUGGAUGGAGGACACAAGAGGAUCAUGGGUUUGAGGCCAGCCUAGACUGCAUGGUGAGAUCUCAGAAACAAAACCAGUUCCUCUGCCCAACUUUUCCCAGGGGUGAUGUAGCUUUAAAAUCUAGGAUUAUCCUUUUACUUUUCAAAAAUAUGUUAG